CUUUUGUUUAUUAUUUCUUAAGUUUGGCGGUUUCGUAGUUUAUGUUCGGUUAUUUGAAAUUUUUGACGCUGGCCGCAAAUUUUAUGUUGGUCUACUCGAAACACAUUUCAUUUUGUUCAUUUUUAUGAACCUUGAAAAAAAUACCGUCACUAAGAUAUACUCAACGCUUUUGAUAGGAGUUUUUAUUGAAAGAUGGAAAAAUACGCUCCGAUGAAGGAGUUUGUUACUGUAUUCCAGGAGUACUCAAAGACCAAGUCGGAGAAAACUUUAAAUGGUCCUCUUCUUAAGUGCCUUCAGGUCCUGUCCGUGACCUCGGACCUGACCAUCUUCGACCCGGGCUCGGGCGUCUCGACGGAGUUCUUCAUCUCGCUGCACCAGCUGGUGUCGUCCCUGGACGCCCAGUCUGGCGCGCUGUGGUGCGCCGUGUCGCUUCUGCAGCGGGCGUGCCAAAGCCCGGCCGCGCGCGCGGAGCUCGUGCACACGUUUCGCUUCGCCCCCGUGCUGUCCCGGCUGCUGGGCGCCCAGCUCAUCUGCGACAAGAAGCUCAGCGUGCUCAACCUCCUGCAGGAGCUGACGUACGGGGUGAGGAUCUCGUGGCAGGAGGCGCACCUGCGGGACCUGAUCCCGGCGCUGGUGCAGCUGGUGGACGGCAGCGAGAAGGAGGUGGUGGGUCUGGCGCUCGGGGUCCUGGUGAACCUCUGCUACAAGAACCUGCCCGCCGUCUACACCCUGCUGCGGUGCGUCGACAUCCGCCAGUUCCUCCGGGUCGUGCUCAAGGUCCGCAGCGGCCACCGCAACGUCCAGGUCCAGGUGUGCAAGCUGUUGAUAGUCCUGGACAGCAUCACUGGAGAAAUUCCAGACAUUUUGAACUUUGUCACCGUCACGUUCUCCACCCUCUACGACGCUUUCAAAGCGAACAACGUCUUUCUUAUGAGGCACACCGUGGACUUCUUCAAAGACGUGCAGUCCAACAAGCACUAUCAUCAGAUGCUCUACAAGUACGAAAACUACGUCGCGGACACGGAGCGGCUCCUGGGCCUGGCGGACCAGGCGUCGAGCGACGAGUGCGCCGAGGCCCUGUUCGAGUUCCUGGACUGCCUGGUGUCCCUGAGGCUCCCCGGGAUGGAGGCGCUGCACCGCCCGCUCGUCGCCUCGGCGCUGGGCCGCCCCUGGUCCUGCGCCGGCGCCCUGCAGCUGGUCUGCUCCGUCGCCGCGGAGACGAGGCGGCGGUCCCUCGCCCGGGGGUCGCAGUGCCCCGGGGACCUGCGGCUGUGCGAGGACGUCGGCCGGCAGCUGGAGGGCGGCCUGGACAGGCUGCUGACGUUCUUCCACACGAGCGGGGACCAGGACCUGCUGGGGGACGCCGCCGCGCAGACGCGCCUCGUGGCGCUGGUGCAGCUGCUGCAGGAGAUGUGCCGCUCGCAGGCGCUCAGGCAGAGGAUCAUGGCCUCGGUCAACGUCCAGACGCUGCGCAAGGUGUUUGCGCCCCUGCUGGGCGCGGACUCCGCUGCGGAGGACUGCCGCUCGCCCGAUCUCGUGGCCCUCUACGUGCACGCGCUGGACUUCGUGUCGGGGCUGGCGGCGCACGACAGUGGGUGGAUGUCGUGCUACUCGGACCUGCUGGGCCGGCGCUCGGUCCAGGCCGUGCUCGCCACGGCGCUCUACUCCGGCCCCCUCGACGUGCGGAUGAAGGUCCUCGCGCUCACGUCCACCGUGGGCUUCUCCGCCGAGAGGCUGUCCCUGCUGGCGAGGUCGCUGAGCGACCUGGACCCCUUGGUGCUGAUCCCGGCGGGGCGGGGCAAGCCCGCGGCGGCGCCCCGGGAGGGCGGCGGCGGCGCGGGGCCCUUCGACAUGCGGCCCCUGCUGAGCCUGGCCCAGGAGCAGCGGCUGGACGGCCUGCUGGCCCAGUUCAAGGAGCUGGCCGAGAAGAACCAGAUCCAGGACAUAAUGACGUCCUCCGUGAUGGAGCUGUACGAGUACAAGCUGGCGGCGAUGGAGCACUCGGAGCGGGUGCUGCUGUCGAGCCUGGAGGCGGCCAACGAGCACGCGACGCAGAUGCAGCACCGCGUGGCCCAGCUCGCGGCCGAGAUCUCCCGCCACCACCAGCUGCUGUACGGCAGCCAGCAGUGCGUCGAGGGGCUGCGGGCCGAGAAGGCGGCCCUCCAGGAGCGCCUGCAGCAGUCCCAGGACGUCGCCGACAAGACCCAGUGCAAGCUGAUCGAGGAAUUCAAGAACAGGAAAGCAGUCGUGAACGAGUUGAACAACACGAUAGAGGAUCUGCGGAAGGCGUUCGCCUUGAAGGAGAACGAGCUCCAGUCGGCCAAGAUGGCCAUAGAGUCGCUGCACAGCAAGGAGAAUGACAUGAAGUUGCAGUACAGCUCUCUGGAAAGCAGCCACAAAGACGUGAUGUUGAAAUACGCAGACCUGAUCAAGUUGAAGGGUAAGCUGGAAGAAAGAAUAUCGAAGCGAGAGAGGAUAAUCCAGGAUCGAGACAGUGAGAUCGCCGAAACCAGGAAGCAAAAUGAUGCUCUGAAAACCGAGGUCGCCAACCUCAACAUGAUCAACAAGAUGCACGAGAAGAGCAUCCACGAGAAGGAGUCGGAGGUCCAGCGUCUCUCGACGCAGCUGUCCGACCUCGAGAGGCUGCGGACGGUCAUCUUCGACCUGACGUCGGGCCAGAAGAAGUUCGAGUAGCUGGGGCGGGGGGGUUAGCGCAUGCUCGUGCGUUCCCCCUUUUCCUUAAAAAUUUGAAGUGAUGUGGCUCAACGAGGAGACUUGUCGGGGAACAAUCUCUAGACAGACCCCGCUCGCCCUCGGACAAAUAAAAAACCCUAUUUAUUUAUUUCGAUAAAUUUUGUUUUGUCCGUUGAUAAAUUUUGUUUUCCUGUGUGGCCCUUGCUGACGGGCGGUGAAUCGUUGGAACUGGGUUUCGAUUUGACGAGAAAUUAUGUAUAACUGUGACAUUUAAUUUUUAUAUAUAUAUUUUUUUUUAUUUAUGCCGGUCAGCAAGUAUGAUGCCUGUAAAUGCUGGAAUUUCAUGAUUAAUAGCUGAGCUAAGUUUUAAUUUUAAAAUUUUUUUUAAAAGUGUUCUUUUUUUAUAAAAUUAAAUUUUUUCUAAGCACAUUUGCAUGAUAUUAUGGUUCAAUUGUUGUACAAGUGUCUUUUUGGCUGCUCUACUUAAAUUUGUGUUAGAGGUUUGGUUAUUUAUGCUCGCUCAUAUGUAGAAGAAUGAACAGGAAAUUUUGGUGCUGUACAGUGUUUAUGAUGAAUAGGUAUGAUGAUUGGUUUGAAAACAAAUGUUGUUUCUUUCCGAAGUUUUAAUUUGCGUUGUAUUUUCCAUCACUUUGAUUUAUAGCUGGGCUGAUUACUGAUGCAAUAAUUUGCUAAUACUUUUACGUUAACCCCAGUGCCCUAAUAGGUAGCUGAAAUGUCUGCAAAAGAUUCAGAUGCAUUAUUUAUGUAAUUUGGUUCACAUUGUUUGUCUUCAAAAAUAUACAAAAUUCACAAGACACGAUAUGCCACUAUGCAAUUGACAAAGAAAAAUUUUGCUUUGAAUAAAACUAACUUCACAUUUGAGCCAACCCAUUAUUUUUAUUUUCGGAAGUAGUAUGUAGAAUUAAAAAAAAAAAAGUUUUUUUUUUUUUUUUUUUUUUAGGAAUUUAUACGUGAUCUCAAAAACACCUCCCAUCGCAAAAUGGGGAACAGUAUGUCAAGUUAACUGUGUCAAGGGUGGUAGCACUGUAGUAGCUGUGCCAGAAUGCCUACUUUAUGGGUUUUUCUGAUGCACAUAAAAUGUAAAUGAGGUCAUGUAAACUAUACCAGAAUGAUUGAAAACAAUAAUAUAAUUCUUCUGCUUAGUAUUUGAUAUGUAUAAAAGCAUGCCUGAAAUGUAUACUAGUUUCAACAGGUCUUGGAAAGCCUGGUCAAGUUGGUGAGUUUAAAAAGUGUUCAGAAAAUACCUGGAAAUGCCAGGGGAAAACUUUGAAAGUUGAGGGAACAUUAUCAAGUAAGUUGUACAUCUUAAUUUGAAACGCAGUUUUAGCCUAAUCAUUUCUUUGAGAACCGUGCUGUAAAUUUUCGCUGAGUAAACUAAUAUAUUAGCGUGAGGGAAAAACUAGUUCUGUUCGAAGCUUCGACUAAGAGAAUCAUUUGAAGCUCUUUUUUAAUAUUUGAUUUGACUUUGCCAGGAAAAGUGCUGUUUGUUUUAAUUUGAAGCUUUGGUUGUGGAUGCAAAGCUUUGCCUCGGAUGUGAAGCUUUGCAUUUAAAACAUGGGAAGCCUAAGAUUUGCUCAUGAAAAUAUUUAGCUUUUUGUGUGUUGUGUAUGUUUUGCACAAAUAGAAUUGCUUGUUUAAAGAGAAAAAAAAACAAUGUUGAACUCAGUUUUGCUUGUAUAAAUGCUCGAUAUUAAUAUUUAUGCAUGGCUAGAUAACUGAAAAAGGGGAAGUAAUUUUUUUCUUAAAAAAACAGUGUUGUUAUUUUUCACAAAAUUCGCAACAAAAAGAGAGGUUAUUUUAUUUUUAUAUAUAUUUUUUGAGAUAAAAUUGAUAAUUAAAAUUCUAAAACAACCAAUGAAAGGAAAAACCUGUGGAAUGUGUUUUAAUUUAUAUUUAUGUUAUUGACAGGUAGAUCAAGUUACCGAAACAUUAAUAUGUAGACUGUAAAAUAAAUAAAUUUUUGUUUAAACAAGAAUACUAGGUCUUCCUUUUUUAAAAAUAAAAUGGAAUUUAUUAAAAACAAAAAUUUGCAAAAUACUUGUAUGUUAUUCUUUUUUUUUUUUUUUUUUUAAUAGGACCACAAUCUGAAAUUGAAAGUUAAAUGUGAAAGCUCUUUAUCAUGCUAUUUUUUUUUCUCCUUGUCUCAGUAUUUUGUGAUUUAUUACUACAAUUCAUUUCAGCUGGUCUGUAUUUCAGUUGGUCAAAUAUGUUUUAAAAAAAAAAACUUUUUUUUCAUUCAACCAUGCUCCAUCCUUUUUACCUAUUUAAUUAUUUUUUGCAUAGUAAAAUUUAUGAUUCUGUUUAAAAAUCCUUACAAAAUUGUUAAGUAUCAUUCAUAAAGUUAUACCUAGUUUUGUGACUAUUUAGCAUGCAUUGUACAUACAAGAAUUUUUGUAUAAAGUAUCUAUGGUGAUAUAUGAAAAUUAUUAAAGUAAAUUUUGAUUUUUCUGAUGUGUGUUGAAAGCCCAAAGUACUACCUUACCCAAAAAAAAUUAAACGUGUUAGCUGGUGUAAUGAUAGAAUGUAGAGUCAAGAGGCGGCUGAAAGGCAUAACUCUGAACUCAAGAUUAUUGCAGAAAAGGACUAUCUAGCGAACAGGGAAAACUCAGGGAAUUGUAAAGGUAUCUAAAACCUGGUAAACACAGGGAAAUUGACGUCAUACUAGUUACAAAAUGGUAUCAAUUUUUCAUGCUGUGAAGAGACAAGAUCUUAAUGGUUUUAUUUUUAAGCCAAUUUCAUUUUUUAAACAGGAGA